AUGUCCUCCACCGAGACUGCCUCCCCCAUUGGCAUUGCCAACCUCCCUAACCAGCGGCACAAGAUUGUUGCCAAGCGGGGUGCGGCCUUCACUAUCAUGGUCGCUGGUGAAUCCGGCUUGGGAAAGACCACCUUUAUCAACACCCUGUUCUCUACCACCAUCAAGAACUACGCCGACCACAAGCGCCGUCAUCAGAAGCAGAUUGACCGGACCGUCGAGAUUGAGAUCACCAAGGCUGAGCUGGAAGAGAAGUUCUUCAAAGUCCGCCUGACCGUCAUUGAUACCCCCGGAUUCGGAGACUAUGUCAACAACCGUGACUCUUGGCAACCCAUCAUUGAGUUCCUCGACGACCAGCAUGAGUCGUAUAUGUUGCAAGAGCAGCAGCCUCGCCGUACGGAUAAGAUCGAUAUGCGUGUGCAUGCCUGCCUGUACUUCAUCCGCCCUACCGGACACACCCUGAAGCCCCUCGACAUUGAGGUCAUGAAGCGCUUGAGCUCUCGUGUCAACCUUAUCCCGGUCGUUGCCAAGGCCGAUACCCUCAGCCCCUCGGAUCUGGCCGUCUACAAGCAGAGAAUUCGUGCUGUCAUCGAGGCCCAGGGCAUCAAGAUUUACACCCCUCCCGUCGAAGAGGACGACGAGCAUGCCGCCGCUCACGCGCGCACCCUGACGGCUGCCAUGCCUUUCGCUGUUAUCGGAUCCGAGAAGGACGUCAAGACUACCGACAACCGGGUUGUCAAGGGCCGUCAAUACGCUUGGGGUGUUGCCGAAGUUGAAAACGAGGAUCACUGCGACUUCAAGAAGCUCCGCUCUAUUCUGAUCCGCACCCACAUGCUCGAUCUCAUCCACACUACCGAGGAGCAGCACUACGAGGCCUACCGCGCACAGCAAAUGGAGACCCGCAAAUUCGGCGAGGCCCGCCCCAGGAAGCUGGACAACCCCAAGUUCAAGGAAGAAGAGGAGAACCUGCGCAAGCGCUUCACCGAGCAGGUCAAGGUCGAGGAGCAGCGGUUCCGCCAGUGGGAGCAGAAGCUCAUUGCAGAGAGGGAUCGCCUCAACAAGGAUCUGGAGGCCACCCAUGCUGCAAUCAAGUCGCUCGAGCAGGAAAUCGAGGGGCUGCAAGGCUCUUCCACUCGCAGCCACGGACGUCGUUAA